CUCUGUCCUGCUUGAAGAGGAGGCUCACAUAUUGUCCUGGCGUUAAAGCAGAGCAGGUAGACAGCACAGGAAGAGGGUGAAACAUGUUUUUUACGACUAUGCUCCGUCUGCUGUUACUGUGGCCUGGCUUCGCCGCUCUAAUGACUUCUCCAUUGGACGAGCGUUUUCAUCACUCCUCCAGUCAAAGAGACAUAGUUUCCUCUCCUGAUGCCUCAGUGAGCGGGCGGCCGCGUAGGUCGGCUCUGAUGCCUGAUAUCACACAUCUGGAACUGCUGGUGGUGGUAGGGCCAGAUGUCCAGCAGGUCCACAAGCAGGAUACAGAGAGAUACAUCCUCACCAACCUCAACAUUGCCUCAGAGCUGUUGAGAGACAUGGCCCUUGGCGCCAACAUGAGGGUGCACCUGGUCCGCAUGAUCAUCCUGUCAGAGCCAGAGCCAGAGAUCCAAAUGUCUCCCAACAUAACCUCCUCUCUCAGAAGUGUGUGUGACUGGGGCCGAAGGAUAAACCCCUCAAACGACACAGACCCAUUGCACGCCGAUCUUCUGUUAUACAUCACAAGGUACGACCUGGUGUUGCCUGAUGGGAACAAGCAGGUCAGGGGUGUAGCUCAGCUGGGUGGGGCUUGCUCCAGUGAAUGGAGCUGUGUGAUCACAGAGGACACGGGCUUCGACCUGGGGAUCACCAUCACUCAUGAGAUUGGCCACAGUUUUGGAAUCAAUCACGACGGAGUGGGAAACACCUGCAGCAGGAGCGGCUUCAUCAUGGCCUCUGACGGCGGCUACAACAGUGUGGAUCUGACCUGGUCUCCUUGCAGCAGACAGCAGCUGCUCACAUUCUUCAGUGAAGGGAAAGCUGAAUGUGUAAAGGACCUGCCUGCACUGGGAGGCUCUCUACAAGACUGGAAGCCUGGUCUGUACUAUGGAGUUGAUGACCAGUGCCGUAUAGCUUUUGGUAGCACUGCAAGAGCCUGCUCUUUCACCAAUCCUGACCUGCCGGCUUGUCGCGUCCUGUCCUGUCACAUUAACCCCGAUGACGACAGCUCCUGCAAACGUCUCCUGGUCCCGCUGCUGGACGGGACGGAGUGUGCACCUAAUCAGUGGUGUCUGAAGGGGCGUUGCGUGUCUUUAAAUGAGAUCAGCUCCUCUGUGGUGGUGCACGGCUCCUGGUCCAACUGGUCAGAGUUCUUGCCCUGCUCACGGACGUGUGGCGGGGGAGUCACUCACCGCACACGCAAAUGCAAUAACCCAAGACCUGCUUUCGGAGGGAAUGAUUGCGAGGGAUCGGAUAUUGAGGCUGAACUUUGUCACCAGCAGCUAUGUGAGCGUACCCAGCUGGACUUCAUGGCGGAGCAGUGUUCCCAAACAGACUUUCACCCCCUCUACCUGCUACCCAACACCGCCUCCUUCUACACCUGGAUCCCUGCUGUAGGCUUUGCACAAGGGGACGAGCAGUGCCGAUACAUGUGCCAGUCAAAAGGAGAGGACUUCAUAGUGAGCCGCGGCUCUCAGUUUGUGGAUGGGACUCGCUGCGAGUCAGACAGCACGCCUCACUUUGGCUCCACGGCUGCUUGUCUGAGAGGGAAGUGCCAGCUGUUUGGCUGUGAUGGUGUGCUGCACUCUGGGAAAGUGAGGGAUGUGUGUGGGGUGUGUGGUGGAGAAGGAUCAUCCUGCAGUUUGACCUCUGACUACUACACAGGCGGUCAGGCCAGAGAGUACGCCACCUUCCUCUCUCUGCCAAUGAAUGCCACACAGGUUCAUAUUGUCAACAGGGCACCUCUGUUCACUCACAUGGCUGUAAUGGUUGGGGAUCGGUACAUUGUGUCCGGGAUGGGCAGCAUGGCGCUGAAUAUGACUCACCCCUCCGCGCUGGACGAUGACCGCUUAGAGUACCGCCUCCACCUGACCCCUGACCUUUUGCCAGAGAUGGAGGAGCUGCUGCUUCCAGGACCGCUGUCAGAAGAGAUAAACAUACAGGUCUAUCGCAAAUAUGGAAAAGAAUAUGGAGAGAAAACGAAUCCAAACAUUAGCUACCAGUUCUACGUACCUACCAGAAACUUGACAGACAUCACACCUAAAGGCAAAUGGGCCGUCUUCACAACACCCUGCUCCGUCUCCUGUGGAUCAGGUGUACAGAAGCAUGCAUACGUCUGUGUAGAUGAAGAUACCAACAACCAUUUGGAGGAACAUAAGUGUGAAACCCCUCCUCCACCCGUACCACUUCACACAAGCUGUCAGCUGUCGCCCUGUCCCCCCAGGUGGGAUACAGGGAUGUUUGGGCCUUGUAGUGUCUCCUGUGGCGGAGGAGAGAGAGAGCGUCCUGUGAGAUGUGUUCAGAAACAUGGAGCCGACGUGUUGAAGGUUCCAGAGUCUGAAUGCCCGCCUGAUGCAGCUCCAGAUACUGUUGAAAAAUGUAACUUGCAACACUGUCCUGGCAGAUGGAAUGUGUCAGAUCCAGGGGAGUGUUCAGCAGUGUGCGGGCCUGGAGAAGCCAAACGCGUUGUGUCAUGUGUUCGGCCAGAAGAUGGUCAUGAUGUUGAAGUGGAUCAAAGCUUUUGCUCUUUGCAGAUCAAACCACCUGAUUCUGUGCCCUGUGUGGUAGAUGUUUGUCCCAUUGGUUGGGAAUCUAAGGGACAGGAACAGCCCGUGCUGAAGUCCGGUUUGUCGCCACGCUCUAGACAGGCUCCUGUGUACGUCUGGAGUCCUGUCAUCAGCCAGUGCUCAAAGAGCUGUGGCAAUGGAACCCUGCAGGUGUGGUUCUCCUGCGUGGACCACCAGACCAGACUGAGGGUGACUGACGUCCACUGUGACGCUUCGACCAAACCUCCUCCUCAGUCUGAGGCCUGCAACACACUCCCCUGCCCCCCCAUGUGGCGCUCGAAGCAAGGAGUCUGCAGUGUAACGUGUGGAGGAGGGGUGGCCAACCGGGUGCUGUACUGUGCUGGAGAAACAGAAGGGGAGGAGGUGGUGGUGGGGGAUUCAGAGUGCAGAGACUUUCCCAAACCCACAGCAGUGGUUUCAUGUAACGACCACAGCUGCCCAGCAAGGUGGAAGGUUUUCAGCUCGUCGUCCUGCUCGGCGUCCUGUGAUUUGGGCGUAGCUCAGAGGUCGGUGUCUUGUGUCCAGUUCGUCCACGGCAAGGAGAGCGCGGUGUCGGAGGAAAGCUGCCAUGAGGCUGUGAAACCAGCCACCACGGUGCCCUGCCUGGUGCAGGUGUGCACCUUCAGAUGGGAGGUGAAACCAUGGAGCCAGUGUUCAGUACCCUGUGGAUACGGGAUCCAGUCCAGACCCGUGUCCUGCAUAGGCCCCUCUAAGCCGCAGCCCCUCAGCCCUCUGUUUUGUAUGCACAUGCCUAAACCCAUCACCAUCCAGGGCUGCUCCAUAGGCAGCUGCGGAGAUGUGCAGCCCACCUCGGAUGUCACCACUGCAGUUACACCAGCAAGCCAUCCUUCUCCCAGUCCAACAGAGGCGAUCAUCAUCCCACAGGCCACUGCAACGACCAUCCCAACAUCUAAACCCAGUGCAUGUGGACAGCUACUCCUGGAGGAAUCGGGCAUGGUGGAUUUGAAAGACGUGACCGGUCGCUGCACGGUAUCCAUAGGUCGACCCAUAAAUGAGGUCAUUCAUAUUAAAGUGGAAUCUGGCUCCUUGAACUGCAGAAAAAAGGAGUAUAUCGCAUUUUUUGACCGAAUGAAAUUUGUGAAGAAGUGCGAGCAGGUGGCGGGCAGUGAGCUGACCACCAGAACCAACGUCCUGCUGGUGCGUCAAAAUGUGCUCACUCCAGGUAACGGGGUCGUGUUCACCUACAGUUCACAGAACAACACGAAGAAGAGCCACCAUCAGGAUUGUGACAUUCAGCUGUUUUCCCCGACUGGCGUCUUUGAGAAUCCGACAACGUCCAACACUAACCACACCUGCCGAGUCCUCAUCAACGCCCCUCCCUCAGUCAAGAUCAGAAUCCAAGCACUGCACAUAGGAUUGGAAUUCAACUCCACCAGCUCCCAGUCUACAUACAUCAUGAUCCAGGACAUGAAUAUGUUAAAGACCAACGUGUUUAACGGCCGACAGCUGUUUCAGUGGCAGUCCUCUGGAAAUAUGGCCGAGAUUGAAUUUCAUGGAGGCUACCUGCAUUCCAGAGGGAGCUUCAGAGCUGAAUAUUCCUUUAUGCGUUUUUGAUACUAAAUAUUAACUCUUUUGAGGAGGUUCGAAAUUUCUGUUCCACAUUUCUUAAGUUUACAAUACAUACGUUUCUGUGACAACCAUUAACUUCUAUUCUGUUGAGUAGAAAUACCCUUUUUUGUUGUUGUUUUCAUUCCUAUGGGGUAAUUAUUUUGACCUGAAAUAAAUAAUAAACAAACCAUAGCACUCAAAAUCUUUAAGUCAAAUGAGGACAGUGUCAUUCUAAAAGCUGCACCAGUAAAAACAAAGAAUAUUAUUAUACUAUUACAAUCAAAUUAUGUUAAUUUAAAUUUUAUAUAACACAAUAUAUUAAAAUAUAGAAAUA